AUGACCAUCAAGGUUGGUAUCAAUGGUUUCGGCCGCAUUGGUCGCAUGGUGUUCCAGUCACUGUGCGAAGAAGGUCUUCUUGGCACGGAGAUCGACGUUGUUGCUGUUGUCGACAUGAACACGGACGCUGAAUACUUUGCGUACCAGAUGAAGUACGACACAGUGCACGGCAAGUUCAAGUACACCGUGACGACGGCGAAGAGCAACCCCUCUGUGGCUAAGGAUGACACAUUGGUGGUGAACGGACACCGUAUCUUGUGCGUGAAGGCGCAGCGUAAUCCUGCAGACCUCCCAUGGGGCAAACUCGGCGUGGAGUAUGUGAUUGAAUCCACCGGUCUGUUCACGGCCAAGGCGGCAGCAGAGGGUCACCUGCGUGGUGGUGCGAAGAAGGUGGUGAUCAGCGCCCCUGCCUCUGGUGGUGCCAAGACACUUGUGAUGGGCGUGAAUCACCAGGAGUACAACCCCCGUGAGCACCACGUUGUGUCGAACGCGUCGUGUACCACCAACUGCCUUGCCCCCAUUGUGCACGUGCUUGUGAAGGAGGGCUUUGGUGUGCAGACUGGUCUCAUGACGACAAUCCACUCAUACACAGCGACCCAGAAGACAGUGGACGGUGUGUCUGUGAAGGACUGGCGUGGCGGGCGUGCUGCGGCUGUUAACAUCAUUCCAAGCACCACAGGCGCCGCAAAGGCUGUCGGUAUGGUGAUUCCGAGCACACAGGGCAAGUUGACCGGUAUGUCAUUCCGUGUGCCCACACCCGACGUGUCUGUGGUGGACCUCACCUUCACCGCGACGCGCGACACAAGCAUCAAGGAGAUCGACGCUGCCCUGAAGCGUGCCUCUAAGACCUACAUGAAGGGUAUCCUUGGCUACACGAACGAAGAGCUUGUGAGCACCGACUUUAUCAACGACAACCGCAGCUCCAUCUACGACUCCAAGGCGACGCUGCAAAACAAUCUGCCCAACGAGCGCCGCUUCUUCAAGAUUGUGUCGUGGUACGACAACGAGUGGGGAUACUCCCACCGUGUGGUGGACCUUGUCCGUCACAUGGCUGCAAAGGACCGCUCGGCCAAACUUUAA